GAAUACAAAUUGGCAAAAUAUAAAAAAUGCAUGAAAAACUUUGGAAUCCAAUUGUGGCGAGUUGUAGACCCGAUAACAAAUGGCACUUAUUACAACACCUACAAUUACCAAUGGAACAAAUAUUUUCAAACUGUUUUUCCAAUCGCUAUCUUUGUUCCAUCAACCGUACCAGAUGUUCAGGCUACAGUCAAAUGCGGCUUUAGGUCUAGAAUUCAGCUGAUUCCAAACUCGGGAGCUCAUUCUUAUGCCGAUUUGUCAAGCGGAACGAAUGAUACAAUUAUUGUAGAUUUUCGCUACAUGAACUCAGUCGAUAUCGACGAAGCAACGAACUCCGUCACUGUUGGUCCAGGUGCUUUCGUCGGUCACGUGAACGCUAAAUUGUGGCAAAAUGGUGGAUGGGGAACCGUUUUAGGAAUGUGUAUGACUGUAGCAAUAGGUGGACAUGCGAUUGGAGGUGGUAUCAGUCUUUUUUCAUCAUUGUAUGGACUCGUUAUUGAUAAUAUUUUGGAAAUGAAAGUGGUGGAUGCCCGUGGAAAUGCUGUAACAGUUAAUGCCAAUUGCAAUGCUGAUUUGUGGUGGGCUAUGCGUGGCGUUGGACCCGGAUAUAUUGGCAUUGUAACAAGUAUAAAACUCAAAAUGUUCAAGGCUAAGAACCUCAAGCUGACAUUUACGGAAGCUCAAUAUAAGGUUAAGGACUUUCAGAAUGUUCUUGCAAAUUACACUCAAUGGUUGGAUUGGGUCAAAGAUAAUGAGCCUAGUGUUAUGACAACUAUGUUCGUCACUAAUGACAACUAUUACGUACCUCAUCAGCCCGCAAAACCUGGUGUCACAAUCCAGAUACUUCACUUGCAAGACCCAAUAUUACAACCCAAUUCUAGCAGCAACGUUUUAGAAGCAUAUCCAACAUUCUUUAACAAUGCCAAUGCCAUAGUAACAAAUUAUCCGUCAUACAUCCAAUUCGUCAUUGGAACUGGUUACACACCAGUGCUUGCAAAACCACAAAACACUUCAUCGAAUCCUAUCGACAACCAAUUGAAUUUCUAUUCGACAUUGACCAAAGAAAUGGCAGUUUCGCGGUACUUCUUUUCCAAGUCUUUUUACGUAAACAAACAAAUCCGAUCCGACGAGUUAAAUGAAGUACAAGAUGUUGUAAACGAAAUACCUAAUAACACAAUGGGAAUUCAAAUUAAUGCCGAGCAAGGUGCCAUCGGUGCCCGACGAGCUACCGACUCAGCGUACGUUCACCGGAACAGCUUGUUCGAUCUACGAGUUUACUAUGAAAGUAUAAGUGGUGGUGAUUCGGUCGUUGCGGGGAAACGUUGGUUGAAAAAGUUUAUGAAAGCGACCCAAUUCAUGGACAGUGGCGCAACGUAUUAAAACUUUCCGGAUCUGGAGCUGAACGAUUAUUUGUUCAGAUAUUAUGGCGGUAAUUUGAAGAAAUUAAUCAAAAUUAAGCAGAAGUGGGAUCCGUUUGGUUACUUUAAUUCAACAAUGUCAAUUCCCACCAGACGUACGUGGAAGUAUUUUGUUUAAAUGUUGAGGACGAGAAACUUAAUAAAUUUUUGCUUAACCGUAGCACUUUAGC